AUUUCUUCAAUGGUGUCCAAGGAACAGAGAAAAAUAAUAACUUCAUGAUUCUCACGUCCUUCCUCCAUUGUUUCUUUAAUUCCAAACAAAUCUCAAAUUUCAAUUUUCUAUAACCCCAAAACAAAACAAGAAUUAUACCAUGACAGAAGUUCUUCACUCAUCCCAGUCUUCUUCAUCUUCCUCCUUAUCGUGCGCACCCUCUUCUUCUUCUUCUUCACACGAAGACCCAUUGAGGAGAGAGAGAGUUGAAGAACAAGAAAGAGAAGAAGAAGAAGUCUGUUCUAGGGUUCUUACGCCGGAGAACAGAGAAGUAGAAAUAGAAAGAGAUCAAUUAUCUCUGUUAGCCCUUCUUCUAACCCUUUUCAGAAAAUCCUUCUGGAUGGCUUCUUGCAAGACCAACGAUGGAGAAGAAGAUAUUUCAAACGGGAUGGACAUCAGUUGGCCCACUAACGUACGCCACGUCGCACAUGUCACCUUCGAUAGAUUCAAUGGCUUCUUGGGUUUACCUGUUGAAUUCGAACCAGAAGUACCCAGAAGAGCACCUAGCGCCAGCACGACGGUUUUCGGGGUUUCGACAGAAUCAAUGCAAUUGUCAUUCGACAAAAGAGGAAACAGCGUACCAACAAUCCUCCUUUUAAUGCAACGUCGUCUUUACGUUCAAGGAGGAUUACAGGCUGAAGGUAUUUUUAGAAUUAAUGCUGAAAACAGUCAAGAGGAAUUCGUUAGAGAACAGCUAAACAGAGGUUUACUUCCACAAGGAAUCGAUGUUCAUUGUUUAGCCGGUUUGAUCAAGGCCUGGUUCAGAGAACUCCCAACCGGAAUACUCGAUUCUCUCUCGCCCGAGCAGGUGACUCAGUCUCAAUCGGAAGAAGAAUGUUCGGCUUUAGUCGCACUUCUUCCCUCCACUCAAUCGGCUUUACUAAGUUGGGCUGUUAAUCUAAUGGCUGAUGUUGUUCAAAUGGAACAUGUUAACAAGAUGAAUGCACACAAUGUUGCCAUGGUUUUCGCACCCAACAUGACUCAGAUGGUGGAUCCUUUGACUGCAUUGAUGUAUGCUGUUCAAGUGAUGAACUUUUUAAAGUCACUCAUAACUAAGACUCUACGCGAAAGAGAAGAAGAAGAAUCCGCCAUUGUUUGUACUGAGCCACCUUCUGAUCAAAGUGGAAACCACAGCCCUAGUUUGGGGAAUUUAACUGUCAGAGAAGAAGAAGAGGAAGAAGAAGGGCAUCAGGAGGAGGCCCUUUACACAACUAAACAAGAAUGUGAAUCAGAAUCUUCUGGUUCAUUCAUUUCUGGAUUGUUAUUAAUCGGGCAAUCAAGUGUUGUUAAAGAUCCUGUAAACACUGAUCUUCAUCAGCUACCGGAUAAGGGUGGAAAGGGGAUUAGUAAUUUGAGUCGGAUUAAUUCAAUGGUCGAGAGGAACAGGAGUGAAGCUUGGCGAUGAAUCUGGUGGGAUGGAUUCAGAAAAUUUGAUUUCUUGGUUGUUGGUUUGCUUUAAUCAUUCUCAUUCCUUUGUUAAUUCAAGUUUUUUUUUUAGUUUCUGAUUUCAGAAAUGUAUCAAAUCUGUACACUAUUCCUAACUUUGGUAAAAAAUUUCCAUUCAUCAAUGUU